AUGCAACUAAGCCAUGCUUUGGGUAUUUGGCUACUAUAUGCUACCACCGCUACAGCGGACUUUCUGGGGCCCACAUAUCCCGCCCCGGUUGACCUGACUAGUAGUGACAGUCUGGUGUCCGCUGCCUGGAAGAAUCUCACCGCGACCUUCGACGCCUAUCUGCAACGGCAUGUUCAAAACAAACUCACGACGCCACUCGCUGGCGUGGAAAACAUAACCUUCUCCACGGGACUAUUGUCCAUUCACGAUCUCAAAGCACAGACGCUCCAAUAUCAUUACACUAGCCCCGAAAUUGCCGGCGCAACGAAUGGUACCCAUAAGGUCAAUGGCGACUCCAUCUACCGCAUCGCUAGUGCCAGUAAAUUGUUCACUGUCUACGCAGGGAUGCUUGCUCUCACUGAGGAGCAAUGGCACCGUCCGCUCACCGAGAUCAAUCCUGCCUUUUCCAAGGUCGCGGAACAAGGGGAUAAAGAUCCCGCCUGGAAAAUUGAAUGGGAAAAGAUUACUCCGUGGGCAUUGGCCUCUCAAAGCUCCGGGAUUCCGCGUGAGGGAUGGCCAGCAGGUGAUAGUUUAUACAACUAUACUGUCUACGAGGCUUACAACAUUUCCGCCCAGAACCCGGUCACAGCUUGGGGAGUGCCUCCUGUCGACAUACUCGGCCUGGGGAAAUGCUGGAAUAUCUCGGCUGUCUGCGAUGGCCAGAAUGCCAUCCGCGCAGUCCGCUCCCAGCCGCCUGUCUUCCUCCCCUGGGCUGAAGCAAUGUAUGCGAAUGAUAACUUCAUGAUGCUCGGCCUUAUGAUCUCCAAUCUGACCGGCCACAAGAUGGAAGACAUCUACCAGGAUGAGCUCUUUCGGCCGCUGCAUCUCACCUCCACGUCCGCGACAGAGCCUACCAACCCCGCCGACUUCGCUCGCUCGGUCAUUGUUGGGAAUCCCAGCCUCGGCUUCUUAGGCAAUACGCCUCUUACCAUCCCUUCUGGGGGCCUCUACUCUACUUUCCAUGACCUCGCCAAAUUCGGCUCAUCCAUUCUCAACAACACCCUCCUCCCAGACAACACGACUCGCAAGUGGAUGCGCCCCCAAACCCACACCGCAAGCCUGACGUACUCCAUCGGCGCCCCCUGGGAAAUACUUCGCUAUAUUCAUCCCGAUACCGGCAAGAUAACUGACCUAUAUACGAAGCUCGGCGAUUCCGGCUGGUACGGCUCAAAUAUCGUACUGAUCCCAUCUUACGGCGCCGGUUUCACUAUCCUGAACGCCGGCACCGCCGCCGGCCGCGGCGAACUCUCCAACAUCAUCCUCGACUACAUCGUCACCAGCAUUCUCCCUGCCCUCGAAGCACAAGCCGCCCGUGAAGCUAUCACCAACUACGUCGGGACCUACGUAUCCACCAACCCGAGCCUCAACUCCUCCCUCACCAUUGCGUUCAACCAGUCCGACGUCAUCACCUCCAAGUCCGGUCUCAGCAUCACCGAGUGGAUCUCCAACGGCACAAAUGUGAUGUCCUCCAGUCUUCUCGGCGCACGCCCACGCCUCCUCCCCAGUAUUUCGAAACAGACCUCGCCCGGCCAGCCAGGCCAGGUCGCUUUCCAGGCGAGCUUUAACAAGCAACUAUCAACAUAUUUCUCCCCUGGUGCCGCGAAGACCGGCGCCAUUGGCCCGUUUACCGGUCAGUAUAUGACGAACUAUGACUGGUUGUCGGCAGAUGCAACGCAUUAUGCGGGUCUGCCGGCUUAUUUGCUUGUGUUUGAUGUUGAUGGGAACGGCAAGGCAACCGCUGUCAGCCCGGCGGCUAUGAGGGCGAAGUAUGAACGGAAGAAGUAG